AUGGAAGGGGUGCAACAUGGAAUCGAAGGAAUGCAGGUGGAGAUGCGUAGAGUCCAGAACAUCGAGAAGAACAUGUCUCUUAUGAUGGAACAGUUUGCCUUCAUGAGAUCGAAAUGGGAAGAAGGAGAAAAUGAAAGAAAAAGCAAGGGGAGUGAAGGAGAGAAGGACUCAGGGUAUACCGCGCUUCCUGAAAAUUCCCUGGGAGCUGGGACAAACAUUCGAGCUGAAAAUGGAGGUUCUUAUCAAUAUGGUAUGACAGAGACUUCAUGUGUCAGUGUCAUUAGCUCAAUGGACGAACGUGACACCUUAACUGGUCAUGUUGGUUCUCCCAAUCCUGCUUGUGAAAUAAAGCUGGUGGAUGUUCCUGAGAUGAGUUACACUUCUGAAGAUCUACCACAUCCUCGUGGGGAGAUCUGA